AGUUCAGCUCGCGCAUCGACGAAGCCUCCGCGCGAUUAUUUGGCGAAGCUGUUUCAGCCACGGAGCUGCAGAUUUUUCCUCCCGUUACGGCGAACGACAGCCAGCGCGCAGGGAGCUACUAUCGCCCAUGAGAACUUUUUCUUGACUUUACUUUCACAUUCUUUCAUUUUUAGUUAUUUUAUAUUUAAUUUCAGUCAUUCCGUUUUCAUUUGAAACUGUAUUUUCUAAUUUGAUCCCAUCGAUCCCAUUUUUCUCUCUCGUCGUUUGAAAAAUCUCUUGCUCGUGUGUUGUGAAGUGUUCGGUUGGCUUCUACCAGCCCCCAGCUUUUGGACGGAAUACCUUGCCAGAUUUCCUGUCUCUCUCUCGCGCGCAGAGGGCUCGCUCGUGUGGAAUUGCUGGUCCUACCUGCUGCUCGAGGUUCAUUCUGAGUUUUUUCUUCUCCUCGGAAACAAUCUGGGAUUAUUCUCCAUGUGUGCGGGGAAACGGACCGCGGUGGAGAAGGCGACAGGGCUCGCCCGUGUGUGAGGCUGUCCGUGUGUGUGCUUCGACUCACCGAGGGAAGAGUGUCCGCGCAGCCUUACCGAAUGAGAAAGUGCCGAGCGCCUCUGCCUCACCCGCCUCUCGCUGUGCUCUCGAGAGGUGAUUCGGAUCUGCGUGCAGGCGCCUCGCGGCAACUGUCGGCGGGAUUUUUUCCCUCCCGCCACACCGGGACUUUCCGCAGAGUGCGGUUGUCUGCCCGUCCUUGCCGGGACUACCCAAGGAGUGUUUCCGUGAGCCCGUGGAUGCGCUACAUCUGAGCUGGUUAUUGUUGCCGUGUCCCUUCCUGGCUGUUGGCUAGUUUCCCCUCGCGUCUCGGUUGGGAUUCGGAGUUUGGAUUGCCACACAGUUUUGGGCGUGUGUGUGUGUGUGAUUUUUUUUUUACCGUUUCUGAGAAUAUUUGGAGAGAAAAAAAAACAAAAAACACUGAAGCGCCUCGGGGAGGAAUCAUGGGGGAGUCACUGUGGAUGUAUUAUUUUGGAGUUUUGUGUAUCGCGUUUAAGGUGAAUCUGUCCCGCGCGAUUGUUUUGGACUCGAUAUACUGGAACACAACAAAUACGAAGUUUGUCCCGGGGCAAGGCCUGGUGCUGUUCCCUCAGAUCGGGGACAAGAUGGACAUCGUGUGUCCGCGGGUGGAGGGGGGUGGGGGCGGGGGCGGGGGCGUGGGCGAGGGCAUCGAGUACUACAAGAUCUACCUGGUGACCCGGGAGCAGCUGGACAAGUGCUACAUCACCAAGACGGACACGCCGCUGCUCAACUGCGUCAAGCCCGACCAGGACGUCAAGUUCACCCUCAAGUUCCAGGAGUUCAGCCCCAACCUCUGGGGCCUGGAGUUCUUCCGGAACAAGGACUACUACAUCAUCUCUACGUCCAAUGGAACGAUGGACGGCAUUAAUAACCAGGAUGGAGGAGUGUGUAAAACCAAGUCCAUGAAGAUCAUCAUGAAAGUGGGACAGAAUCCCUUAGAUCCCUCAGAACCAGUGUCUCCCAAAGAGCCAACCUACCCCAAACCACCAGAGUCAGGGGGGAAGGAUACCAAAUCCAACGAGGUCAUUGACAAACCAGCCUACACCGGCGAGACGACGGCGGGGGGCGGAGGAGGAGCCGGCGGGGGCAAAUCCUCCAGCGUGAUCGGCUCGGAGGUGGCGCUGUUCGCGGGCAUCGCCUCCGGCAGCGUGAUCUUCAUCAUCAUCAUCGUCAUGCUGGUGCUGCUGCUGCUGAAGUACCGGCGACGCCACCGGAAACACUCGCCGCAGCACGCCGCCACGCUGUCGCUCAGCUCGCUGGCCACGCCCAAGCGCUCGACCCACGGCCCCGGCGGCAACAACAACGGCUCGGAGCCCAGCGACAUCAUCAUCCCGCUGCGGACCGCCGACAGCGUCUUCUGCCCGCACUACGAGAAGGUCAGCGGCGACUACGGACACCCCGUCUACAUCGUCCAGGAGAUGCCCCCGCAGAGCCCCGCCAACAUCUACUACAAGGUCUGAGGACCGCCCCCCCCUCUCUCUACUGGACCCCACGGCCCCUCACACACACACACACACACACACGCGCGCGCCCGCCUCAGUCCUGCCUAACACACACACACACGCGGCAGGCAGGCAGGCAGGCCGGCAGGGGAGGGGUGCAGAAGGACUGCGGAAUCUAACUGAGUGUGAGAACCUUUCCUCAGACCCCACACACACAUACACACACACACACGCCCUGUGUGUGUGUCAGUCAGAUACCUACACUCCCCUGGACCCUACUGAACACACACCCUGCUGUCCUCUGCCCGUGGUCCCGAUGUGCACUUUUGAGGGUCCAGUGUGUGUGUGUGUGUGUGUGUGUGCUAGUGUGCCCGUGUGUGUGCCCGUGUGUGUGUGUGUGUGUCAGAGACACAGAGGGAGAGCCAGCUGAGAAAGAAAUGGAAAUAAAGCAAAAUGGGAGGAUAGGCCCCUCCCCCUCUCCUGCCAAAGGAAGAUAGGCCCCUCCCCCUGGAGAGAUGGGGGGCCGUGCCUCAGCUGACUGGUCAGAGACACACAGGAAGUGGACUCAGCUGAUUGGACACUGAUAGAGGAAAAAAGGAUACAGGAAGUGGAUUUUCCUGUCCUCUGCAAAGGAUUAUGGGAGCUCCCUGAUGGACUGAUUGAACAUGGCCCCGUAGUCACUCUGCGCCGUGCACUCUGGGUAAUUUCACCUCACCACCCUUCAUUCCAUGCGUUUGUUUACGUUUCGUGGGACUUCCUGUUUCGACAGCCGUGACUCGAAGGCAAUGUUUUUGUUUUUCCUAUGUUGUCAUAGUAACUCAGCUCUCCUCUCAUUCCGUCAUCCCAGUAUUUGUCGAUAGGUUGUCAUAGAAACCACGUUGAACUGUUGUUUUUUUUUUUUUUUUGCUCCAUGCACACUGAGGUGGAUGCACACACACACACACACACACACACACACACACACACACACACAGCCAGGAGAGAGGAGAGAGACAGAACGAGCGAUGAAAGCCUGGCAAGGUAUCAGCGGUGUCCUAAGUCGCUGCUGUCCUGUUGCACCCUGGGAAUGUGGAGGAUCCACACGAACUCUUUAGCAGCACUUUUACUAAAAAACCCUCCACUUUCCCACAACGCACAGCAGUGCACACACACGCACACACACACACACACACACACACACACACACACACACAGCUCUGUUGGCCAAACAGGUGCAGAUAGGGCUGAGCAGGUGAUCUCUGAUACACCUUUAAGCACAGAGACUUUACACACACAUAAUGUCUUUUAUUCUAUUUUAUUUGAUUUGGUUUGUAAUUAUUAUUAUUUUCUAUAAAAAUACAUUUUUCUCCACGUGGACGCUUCAGUUGCUGUU